UCCACUCCCUUCCUACAUCCCUCCGUCCGCCGAGCGCCAUUUUCGGCGUUGUCACGGGUCCUGGAGAAAAGCAUGCUAUUAUCAAACAGAUAAUAAGAUCUGUAUUUAAACUUGUAAUAACUCGACUCAGUAUUGGUGAAAGAUGGGGCGUAAGAAGAAGAAGCAGAUGAAGCCGUGGUGCUGGUAUUGUAAUCGAGACUUUGACGAUGAAAAGAUUCUUAUCCAGCAUCAAAAGGCAAAACAUUUUAAAUGCCACAUCUGCCACAAGAAGUUAUACACUGGCCCUGGUUUAGCCAUCCACUGUAUGCAGGUUCACAAGGAGACAAUUGACAGUGUUCCUAAUGCAAUUCCUGGAAGAACUGACAUUGAGCUGGAGAUCUAUGGCAUGGAAGGAAUACCAGAGAAAGAUAUGCAGGAAAGACGGCGAACAUUGGAGCAAAAAUCUCAAGAAAGCCAAAAAAGGAAAAAUCAGGAUGACUCUGAUGAGGAGGAUGAUGAUGAUGAGCCUGGACCUUCAGCUCAAACAGCUGUUCAGCCUCAGGCUGGCUACGCUGCUCCCAUGGCUCAGCCUGGGAUGCCUGUAGCAGGGGCACCAGGGUUACCUCCUGGAGGAUACCAAGGAAUGCCUCCUAUGAUGCCGGGUGUUCCACCCAUGAUGCAUGGCAUGCCUCCUGGAAUGCAUGGGAUGCCACCAGGCAUGAUACCUAUGGGUGGGAUGAUGCCUCCCAUGAUGCCUGGAAUGCCCGGAAUACCUCCAGGAAUGCCUCCACAUAUGGCUCCACGGCCAGGGAUGCCUCACAUGACACCAGCCCCUACAGGAGCUAUCCCAAGCCGACCCGCCGCAGCAGCACAACCUGCUGUGACUAAGCCUUUGUUUCCCAGUGCAGCUCAGAUGGGCUCUGGAGCUUCAUCUCCUGCAGACCUUCAGUCUGCCUCGUCCCAGCCAUCCUUUCCUAACACGCCUCAAGCCCAGCAAAGCGCAUCAGGAGUUACUGCCUCCACAGCAGCCACAUCUGACCCUCCCAAAGCAACGUUCCCCGCCUACACUCAGCCCUCUGUCUCUGCCUCCUCUUCUUCCACUUCUGCUUCUAAUCCCUCUAGCAGCACUGUGGCCAAACCCCCGGCCACAGUGACUAGUAAGCCUGCCACACUAACCACCACGAGUGCAACUAGUAAGUUGAUCCACCCUGAUGAGGAUAUCUCACUGGAAGAGUUGAGGGCACAGUUGCCCCGUUACCAGCGCCUCGUCCCCAGAGUGGGACAGGCGCAUGCAGCUGCUGCUGCUGCCGUGGCAACAGUGGGUGGCAUGAUUCCCCCACAGCAAGGAAUACCCCAGCAGCCUGGAAUGAGGCAUCCCAUGCAUGGUCAGUAUGGUGCGCCACAGGCCAUGCCUGGCUACAUGGCUGGUGGGAUGCCUCCAUAUGGACAGGGUCCCAUGGUGCCCCCAUAUCAGGGGGGUCCUCCCUUGGGCAUGAGGCCUCCUGUCAUGUCACCAGCCGGACGCUACUGAAGCUUCAAAGCUGCCGACCACAUUAGGUUUGAGGCUAACACCUUUUCUCAUCCUAGUGCUCUUUUCAACAGUAGCUGCACGCAACCAGAUGUGAGCCCUGUGGUGUGAACUAUUGUUAGACACAUGGACAUUAAAUGCAGCAUUAUCAAACACCACACAAGAUUCUGAUGGCUCUUUGUUGCUUAUCUGUAAGGAUGUAUUUUCCCCCAUAGGUUCCACUCAGGUUUAUAGAAAUAAUGUGUGUUAAAACUAUUUCAUAUUACCUUUUUGAAGCUGCUGGAGUAACAUGAUCGUACCAUCUUCUUACAAAGGCAAGUUUCUCAUGUAAACAUUGGAUCUUUCUUUUUUAUUCUUUUGGUAGCUUGAGGCCCUCACAGCAUGCUUAGGUGCUGUUGGACUUGCGUCCCCAACUUUGGUUGGUGAGGGUCUCAGUGGUAAAGAUGAUUCCUGAUUAGUGUUAUAAAUCCAUGACUCAUCAGUCUCUAGCUUUAUUCUUGUUUCAGGUUUGUUUUUAACAAUCUUGGUUAAAAGGGUACAUGUAUUCAUCCUUUGUAAUGUUUUAUGAAUCUGUUGUAAUAAAAUCCAUCUUGAAAUCCAAUGCUGGUUUGUCCUGACCUACGAAGGUGAGUCAUGAAGGUUAGUACUGGUGUUUUAUUGGGACAUCAGAUAUAUUUAACCUGGUAUUUCAUCACACAAGUUUGCCAUCAUCAGUCGGGAAAUCCACCACAUAUUCAUCACAAUAAAGGGGAUUAGACUAGAUUUCCAGUGUUUUACAAAAAAUAUUGAAUGUUGUCAAAAUAUACUCAAUUUUGGUUUAGCGGAACCAAAGCUGACUAAUCUCUGGUUCUAGUGUCGCAUGUUGUUGACUUUUAUGUAGUCUGAAUUGAAUCAUUUUUUAUAGUUAAUUUUUCUUUUGCCCAUAUAUAGAAAAAAAACAAACACCAGCCAACAGUUGUGUUGUAGUUAUUUGCCUAGCACAAAAAAAAAUACUUAACUGGCAAAUGCGAACUGUAACAUUUUUUUGUAGCACUGUCAGUUAUCCAUACACAGUAUGUUGUGGAUUUCCCAAACAAUUGCAGUAACCUUGUACAACAGAAUUAACUGCAACUCUUAGACUUGCUCACUGCACCGAAGUUCUUGGUGCUUUGAUUUUAAGAAAUGUCAAAUUUCCUGAAGUUCGAUUUGCUUUACAGGAGUUAGUUUAUGGGCAUCAUCUCAAUAAGCCCCAUGUCACAUCAUAGGGGACUCUGAUAUAUCCUCAGUGAAACAUAUCAUUGAUAUGUAUUUGUUUUUGUCUGUAGCCCUUCCAUCAGCUUUUGAGUCUUUAACUCUACUGGGCUGCCAUGACAGGUCAGUUAAACCCUGUAAGUACCUGCUGUUCAUUGUUCAAGUUUGGCUAUGUUCUCAGUGUCCGGCGCUACAUGUGCUGUGUUGUAAUGGAGCUGGAAAAAUGUUAAAUUUCUUUGAAAUGGGUAUUGCAACCUGAUAAUGUCAAAGGUCCACGAUAGCGUCUGUGGAGCAAAGUUCACCACCUACUUGUCUCCAUUUUAUUGCUUUGCCUGGAAUGUUCCACAUUAAAGCAUUAACCAUCUCCAUAGAGAUGGGCAGGUGAUGCCUUCAGGCCAAGUUACAUGUCAGAUCUGUGGUGAGACUAGCCCACUCACUGCAUGAAUGCAUGUUUUCUAAUAUUCCUUAGCAUUAAAAUCACCUGUUGAAUGCUAUAUUGUGAAACAUUCCAGGCAAAGCAGUCUUUAUGGAGACAAGACGACUGUGGACCCUCCACCGGAAGUUAUUUUGUGCACCUUUAAAGGAGGAGUGGGUCCCCUUUGGUAUAAACUGGUAAGUAACCAGUUAGAUGUUUAGGCCGACUCAAAAACACACAAUUGCUAUAUAUAUAUAAAGAUAUAUAUAGUAUGUUUAAGUAUUUUUGUUGUACUCAUUGAUUUAACUGAUAAAUUAUGUCUUGUUUACAUGCAUUUGUACAAAAUAUUUUACCUUGUAAAUGGAAAAAUGUGUCCUCUAAUAAACUGUUGUACUUCCA